CACGCGACGAUGUACCAGCGCUUCCGCCUGACGCCGCGCAACGCUCGCGCCGCCAUCAUCUUCGGCGGCAUCAUUCCGUACGCUGCCUACCAGCUCUGCCUCUUCACGGAUGACCGCUGGGCGCUGCGGGCAAAGGGCCGCAACGAGUCGCUGCUGCGCGUGCCGCCGCCGGCGCCGGCUGGCGAGGAGGAGGACUAGGGCUAGGCUAGCAAUUCAGGGCUUGAGAUCGAAGUGCGGCAGUACAGCGGCGAGGAAGAUGCAUGCAAGGCUGCGGAUGAGACGAGACGAAGAAGCCAAGAUGAGUCCGUCGAGUGCGGGCCCUGGUGCGCCGGACUUUGCCAGCGGUGUCGUGACAGGAGGCAUAGUCCUGCUGCGCCGUGUCGACUCGCACCUGCUCUCGCUGCCCUUGCUAGCUGUGUAGUGCGCCGCGCCUCACUCCGUUGGCGAUGCUCUGGUGCUGCCGCCUCAAUCUACAACCCGAGCGGUACGAGCCAUCGCGCACGAUGGCUGCACGUCUACCGCAGAGACUGUACCGUCAUGCAUCGCGCGAGAGCCGGGCCCGUCGUUCGAUGAGCGGUCGCAAUGUGGCGCAGAUCACGUCGUGCUCUCGUAGCAAGGCCGAGUGAGACA